GUAAUUGCUACGUCCCAGCUCGUAAGGCGGGCACAUCGUCACAUCGCUAAUCACCGAUAAUUCUCCGAGAACUUGUACAACAUUUUUAUAAACUUGUACAGUUUAUAAAAAAUGUCGAAAAUAAUUAACGAUGUCAAAUUAGAUUAUAAAGAUGUUCUAAUUCGCCCGAGAAGAAGCACUAUUCGAAGCAGAGCGGACAUCGACCUCUUCGCGGAAAUGAAAUUCCGAAACUCUAAACGUAUUUACGAGGGUAUCCCGAUAAUGGCAGCAAACAUGGAAAGCACGGGUACAUUCGAGAUGGCCAAGGCACUUUCAAAGCAUGGACUCUUUACAGCGGUUCAUAAAUACAAUACCUUGGAGGAAUGGAAGGCCUUUGCAGCUUCAAGUCCUGAAUGUCUUCAGAAUGUUUCUGUAUCCGUUGGAAUAAGUCCCAGUGACUUGAAACUACUCUCAGAUAUUAUUGAUGCCAUUCCAGAACUUUCGAUCAUUUCUCUGGAUAUUGCGAACGCGCAUAUUCAGGUCUUCCUCGAAUCCAUCAAACAAGUUCGGUCCGCCUACCCAAACCACACAAUUGUAGCUGGAGACGUGGCUAUCCCAGAGAUGGUCGAAGAGAUAAUAUUGACCGGCGCUGAUAUCGUCAAAGUAGGCAUUGGCGGGGGCUCUGUGUGUACCACUCGCUUGAAAACCGGUGUCGGCUAUCCUCAAUUGAGCGCUGUGCUUGAAUGCGCGCAUGCCGCACAUGGUGUAGGCGGGCACAUCAUUGCCGACGGAGGUUGCAUCAACGUUGGAGAUUUGGCCAAGGCGUUCGGAGCCGGUGCUGACUUCGUUAUGAUCGGAGGAAUGUUAGCGGGUCACGAUCAGAGCGGUGGGAAAAUUAUAAAAAGAGAUGGAAAACUUUACUCUCAAUUUUAUGGAUUGUGUUCCAGAGCCGCAAUGGAAAAGCACUAUGGUGGAGUUGCAGAAUACAGGGCCGCUGAAGGGAAAGAAGUCGAAAUUCCAUACAAAGGCGACGUCGAAGCAACGAUAUUAGAUAUGUUGGGUGGCCUGCGUUCAGCGUGCACGUAUGUGGGAGCAAAACGACUUCAAGAACUCUACCGACAGACGACAUUCAUACGUUGUACACAACAGUCUAACCCAGUUUUCGAGUCAGCACCAUCAAAAUGAACUUUACAUCAUUGAACUUACGGAUGAGAUUACUGAUGUUGUAUGAUGUAAAAAAUUGUGAUAUGUAUUUUGUAAACAUACACCCGAAAAGUGUCAUGCAAUUUCAAGUUGAUCAGGUGAUUUGUUUAUCGUGAGAAGCCUUUUAUUUUAACUAAUGUCAAAGUGCUUCGUAUUCAAUAAAUCGAGAAUAUAUCAAUACUU